UUGUAGCGCCAGAGAACAUCAGCGUGGACAAAGUGGGANUCGACUGGGUUUNACAGUGAGUUUCAAUGGCGUACCAAUCGCUGCAAGUUACCAAGUGAAGGUAACGGCACAGCAUGACUCGUCAGAUUCUGAUAUAUUUAAAAUUCGAGCUUCUAGCAACGCAAGACAAUCGUAUGAGGUUAAAAGCAGAAAAAGCAAUAGAAACUACAUUGUUCAAGUAAGAGCUCUUGAUGGAAAGAACACAGCAAGUAAUUACUCAACUAAAACGGGCCCUUAUGCCAGAACAGCUCCGGAUGGUUCAAGAAUCCUGAACGUGAUCACCACUCCAACUUUCCUCACCAUCUUCCUGGAAGAAACUCCGGGAGCAACAGCAUGGGAGGUUGAGGUUAUUGACACAAUUACAGGGACAUCAAGGAUCAUCUCUGUUCCAACUGGUGUUCCUUCAAAUACAUCCUAUGUGGCUAUCAUAACGUCCCUCAACCCAAACACUCCACACACACUGAGGGCAAGAGUAUCUCAAUUAAAUGGUGUGACAUCAUUCACAGCAACACAGAGUCCAUUUGGUGCACAAUAUUCUGUCAGCACAGACAAAAUUUCAGCUUUUGGUCGAGUUGUACUUUUGACAAAACCAUACACAUCCAACCUUGCCACAGACCAAGUGUUUAUAAACCAAACCAAUGCUGAACUACUGGCAGCAUAUAAGGCAAUAUCCUCCAAUGUGGAAGAUGUUUUGAUGGUAGAAGUUGCAGACAACGGUGGGAAUGUUCUUUACCAUCAUGAGAUUGUUUUAUCUGAUCGAGAUGCAUCGGCUGCUUCAGUUAAUCCUAAUAUUAACCGACUUACACUGAGUGAUGGAACAUUGUAUUCUGGUUUCUUAGCUGCUUAUGACUCGGCAAAAAGUCCUGGAUAUGUAUACACAAAGUUUCCCUUUAUAACAACAGAAAGAACAUUAAGCUAUCGCAACAGUGGCUUGUUGUGCUCUCGUGUUCACUUAGCAGAUGAUGUAAGAGAAUGGGUUCUGUUUUCACAGGUUCCCAGUCCUGAUAAAAUAGCUAUACUUAUACGAGGGGCUGAUGGUUUAAUUGCGACCACAUCAACCAUUGAAUUUAUAAAUGACGGGGUUCGUGAGCCUUCAUCAACAACCAAUUAUUUUAACUUUUUAAGCAACACUAUAUAUGGUAUAAAACAUAGAUACACAAUAAAAUUGUGUUCUAGCAAUACUACAGCUCCUGUGUAUGAUCGAGUGUAUGAAGCUGCUGUCACCUCUGUGGCUUCAGACAGAUACACCAUACUCUACACAACAGCACCUGUCCUAUCACCAUCUUCAGUAUCAUCAGCUGUUAUAACAUCGGGAGGAAUCAACGUGUUUCUUCCAGCAUCUCUUGCUCGAGCAACUCAGUAUUCAGUGACAGUUGGAACAAACACAACAACACUUGCUCAAUCUGAUCUGGACAGUUCACCAUUUUAUCAGAUUUUUAUUCCUAACCCAACAAUCAAACUGGGUGAUUUUGUUCAUUUGCAAAUUAAGGCAACUGUAAGGUUAGCUAAUGGAUUUAAUGCAACUACAAUAGAAAGUGCCAAUAUAACAGCAGAUAUUGAUAAAUGUUUACCUGGUACACACAACUGCCAUGCAAAUGCCAUUUGUGCCAACAUUAAUGGAAAUUCUACUUGUUUCUGCAAAAUUGGGUUUAGUGGCGAUGGUGUAAACUGCACAUAUAUUGAUAAAUGUGCAUUGGGUACACACAACUGUAAUACAAGUGCUACUUGUACCAACAAUACUGGAAGUUUUACAUGUGCUUGCAAUACUGGGUUUACUGGUGAUGGUGAAUCAUGUACAGAUAUUGAUGAGUGCACAUUGGGUACACACAACUGCCGCAAUGGAUUAAAUUGCAAAAACACAAAUGGUGACUUUACUUGUUAUUCAUCAGCAACAUCUCCAAAGUUGUCUAUUAUAAUGGGGAUUGGAACUUUCCUAUGCAUUGCAAUGCUCUUGCUUUAGCACGUUAGAAAUAUUAUUUCUGACUUAACCGUGAUAUGCGUUAUUGAACUAUUAUAAUUUUUACCCGGAUCAUCAUGUAAUUACGAAUGUAAUAAUGUUGUUUACUUUUCCUUGCGCUGUGGCACAGUUCUGUUGUAGUAUUCACUUUUUAACCAGAGGGUAGCCUACCUGGUUCAAGCCUCAAUGGCACCACCAUUCCGAACAAUAAAGACAAUAAACGUUCACGGUAUUGUUUUUCUCAAAUGAAAACAAAUCGUCACCUAUUCGAAAAGUGGUAACACUCAAACGCGGAAACUCGGAAACGUGCACAACAUGUAUAAAUAUAACAUAUGGAAACCGUGUUAUACAGUAUACGGGGGAAACUGGGACACCCUUUUGUUCUUUUUUUCGUCUCAUUUGGUAGUAAAUGAAAACAUUCGAAGAAUUAUAAAACCGUACCUUCACAACUACCAUAGACGUUAAUUGCUUAAAAAGCGAUCAGGCUUUUGGGAAAUAAUGUGCUAUAAAGGUGUCCCAUCUUCUCCCACAGUAUAUUAUAUCGCUUAUGGGAAAACGUUGCUACGCGAGGAUAAUUAAAUAAGUGGUGUUGUGGCAAAUUUCUUCUUUUGUUUUUAUUCUUUUUAUCAGUAUCCUUUGACAUGCGUUUAUCGUCGUAUUUAAACGGAAUAAAUGAUUGUUACUCAAA